CCGGCCAGGUCGUUCACCGAGAUGGCGCCCAACAACGCUUCGCGGGCUCUCGUCGCGGCACUGCUCGCUGCCGGGUGCGCGGCGCUGGCGUCGUCGGCCACGACGCACACCGUCGGCGGCGUGCACAGCUGGAUGACCGGCGUCGACUAUGCCGCCUGGGCCAGCGACAAGACGUUCGUCGUCGGAGACCAGCUAUUGUUCAGCUACGUGAGGACGGAUCACACGGUGACGGAGGUGAGCAGGAGCGGCUACGACGCCUGCUCCGGCGGCGACGCGCGGAGCGAGGACAACAACAGCGGCCUGACCACCGUCACGCUCGCGACCCCCGGCGCGCACUACUUCAUCUGCGUCGUCCCCGACCACUGCGCCAGCGGCAUGAGGCUCGCCGUCAACGUCUCCGCGGCGCCCUCCUCGGGGGCUGCCGCGACGGCAUCAGGCGCCGCCGGGGGCGCACUGCAGGUUCCGGUGACGGUUCCCGUCGUCGUCGCCGCCGCCGCAACGGGUGCUCUGACCAAGCUCGCGCUGCUCUGAGGCAGUCUAUCCCGCGUCCGUUGGCGCGCGCGACUCGGCGUCUCAAGGGGCAGGGCAGAUCGCGGAGAAACGUGCAUUAUAUGCAACACAUCUCCGAUACGUUAGAUGUUUUGCACGAAAAGAUUAGUUUGUACCUGAUAUGUUUGUUUCGAGAAAUCGUUCGUGGC